AUUUGUAAAUACUGAACAUUUGUAAUACGACUUUUAAAACAUGGUUAACAAUCGUAGUUCAAAAGAUCCAUGUAAAAAAUAUGCCUGCUUGAUACAGACUUGUUUGAAAUCAAAUAAUUUUAAUGAAGAAGCUUGUGCCUAUGCUAUAGAUGACAUGAAAGAUUGUUGUCGAACGUGGAAUUUCAGAUCCGAUUGUUGUGAUGGUUUUCUUCGCGAAUUAGGCUUCAAAAGUCAGAAUCAAUAAUCGAAGAAAAAUCUAACUAGUAUCUACAAUUAACGCUAUCCCUCCAAACAUCGCUUUGCUUUACAUUACAACCAAAUUCCACCUGAUUGCUAAAACCUGAAUGAACUCAUCAUCUGUUACCUGGCGCAGUUACUCAUCACUACUAUUUCAUCGUUUGUUUACAUUUGUUCUUAAAUCAUGUCACUGUUAGCUCAAGAAAAGAAUUCGAGCAAAGGAGUUAUCCAAUUAAUUAGAGAUAGCAAAGAUGGUCAAACCCAGAUUGAAGUCCGGAAUGAAACCAAAAUAUCUAAAUGGUCUUCAUUAAAUCAAGCUUUUGCUGAAAUUUUCUUACCCAGAGGUUAUCCAGAUAGUGUUUGUGCUGACUAUUUAUCCUAUCAAAUUUGGGAUAGCUUACAGGCUUACGGAAGUAGUAUAACUGGGACACUAGCUACUCAUAAUGUACUCAAAGGGAUGGGAGUUGGAGAUAAAUCAGCAUCGGUCAUGAGUGCAACACUCACCUGGCUUUUAAAAGAUGGAACUGGAAUGGUUGGUAGAAUCGUAUUUACUUAUUUCAAAGGAUCUAAUCUUGACGUGGAUUGCAAAAAAUGGCGUCUCUUUGCAGACAUUAUUAAUGAUAUCGCGAUUGGUCUUGAUAUGAUUUGUCCGUUUUUUCCUGGUUACCUACUCAUAUUACAGUGUUCAUCUGGUUUCUUAAAAUCACUAGUUGGAACUAUCGGAGGUGCAACCCGUGCUGCUUUAACCCAACACCAAGCACGUAAUAACAAUUUAGCUGACGUAUCAGCAAAAGAUGCCAGUCAAGAAACGCUAGUCAACCUAGCUGCCUUAUUAACAAGUCUAGCGAUAGUGCCUUUAAUAGCUAGCUCUGAUCUAAUUGUCUGGACUUUAUUUGUGAUCUUAACAAUGACACAUAUUUAUUGUAACUAUCGUGCUGUAAGAUCUGUAAAUAUGGAAGUUUUCAAUCCAGCAAGAUUCACGUCUUUUAUCGAGGAAUAUAUUUUUAAGGAGAAAGUUGGUGCAAUUGAUGAAAUUAAUCAAAAAGAAAGUAUUUUGUUUUGGUCAACUCACGACUUCCAAGAUCAAAUAAAGUCUGGUGUCCCAUUAAGUGAACAUUAUAUCUCAGAUGGAAAUUUGACUGAUUUUCUCGAAUAUCAUUCAACAAAAGACUACAUUCUAUCAUUUGAUUUCAAGCGUUCUAAUAGCAUUUUGAUAUCUUUUAUUGAAAACCAAGAUUCAGUUAGAAACAAAUUGAAAGCAUAUUUUCAUGCCAAUCUUAUUUUGUUUUAUUUAUUUAAAUACAAAUCACAAGCUGAAAAGUUAUUCAAUUUCAGUGAAAACAUUUCGAAUAUUACUACUGUCAGUGAAACUGAAAAAAUUGUAAAUCAAAAGUUUGAAAAGAUGUUAACCGAUGCUAUUGGUAAAGGAUGGAAACUUGAUAAUUUUAUUUUUCUCGAGAAUGGUUGGCGAAUCACGCAGUUAUAUAAUAAAAAGUUUGAUUAAUCCAGGAUUUUCGUCUGGAAUUUAGUCUAUUGAUUCAUAUUUUUAAAAAUAAAUUUAAUUUAAUGAAUUUGUA